UCUGUUUGCGCCAGGAAUAGUUCUGCUAACGAGCCAUAUUAAGCGGGUUUACGCAGACAGGACUCAGCCGUGAACGGAUUUUCUGUGUGCUAUCAACAUGUUUUAUUCCAAAAUGUAGGCACAUUGUUUCAUCGAACAAGUUGUUGUGGCAAAUGCGCGCGUAAAUCCGCAUUUGGGUGUUUUACGCACAGACUUGUGUGUGGUUUUUUUCCCCCACUUUUCUCUCAACUUUUUCAGGCAUGUUUUCAUUUGUUUAUGCCUUUUUAUGUUUCUGCGCCCUGGGCUGCCGGCAGCAGGCGAGCAGCCAAGUGGACGACGGUAAACGGUACAUUUGCCGUGCGGUGCCGCUCAUCGGCGACGCCACCAGCUGCCCGGUGACCUUGUUACCUGAAGCCAACGCCGGUGGGCAGGAAGAAGAGCUGCGUAACACCGUCAUGCAGCUACGGGACACCAUUCUGCAGCAGAAAGCAACCAUUUCCAAACAGAUAGGCACCAUCAACGAGCUGACCACCAAACUAUCCCUGUGCGCCUCCACAAGCGAUGAUCGCAAGUACGAGAAGGGGGCUUCUUGGGGUAAAGAGAAACAAAACACCAUGGGAGAUGUCCCCAGAGAUCCAAAUGACACUAUUGAGAAUCUUGGCAAAACAAUGCAGGGGCUCAAGGAUCGGUUGGAGAACUUGGAGCAACAGCAGAUGCGGGCCAACAUAUCCGGCGCGCCCUUCCCCAGCGAGCUGCGUGACUUGCUGCAGCGUCGCCUGGUUGAGCUGGAGAAACAGCUCCUGAAGAAGGUCAGCAACCUGGAGGCGGAGAAGAGCAUGCUCUCCAACGCCACGGCGGCGUACCGGAUGAAGACGGAGAGCACGCUCAACGCCCUGGUGGAGAGAAUAAGUGAGCUGGAGAAAGGAGGUGAAGACUUUAAGUCCCCGGAGCAGUUCAAACUCUCCCUCCCCCAGCGUACAAACUACUUGUAUGGCCGCAUCACCAAGAGCCUCCCUGAGAUGUACGCAUUCACGCUCUGCAUGUGGAUCAAAUCCAGCGCCAGCCCAGGCAUAGGGACACCAUUUUCCUACGGUGUUCCCGGACAAGCCAAUGAGAUCGUACUGAUCGAAUGGGGAAAUAACCCGAUUGAGCUGCUCAUCAACGAUAAGGUUGCCCAGCUACCUUUGGAGGUACGCGACGGAAGGUGGCACCACAUCUGCAUCUGCUGGACCACCAGGGAUGGCCAAUGGGAGGCUUACCAAGAUGGGGGAAAACAAGGGACAGGAGAUAACCUGGCGGCAUGGCACCCUAUCAAACCAGGAGGGGUGAUCAUCCUGGGACAGGAGCAGGACAUUGUAGGUGGACGCUUUGAUGCUGGACAGGCGUUUGUGGGCGAACUGAGCCAAGUUAACAUUUGGGACCGCGUUCUGAAGCCGGCGGAGAUCCAGUCUAUGGCCAACUGUACGUCGUACACGCCUGGUAAUGUGAUCUCGUGGGUAGCCAGCAACGUGGAAGUGUUUGGAAGGGGAGCCUUCAAGAGGCCCUUGGAGAUGUGUCAGGAGCGCCUGCCUAAUACCUAAACACUUAAUAUAGCCUUUGCCUUUAAUUAGCUGCUUUUCCCAUGCAUUCACCAUUUUUGUCUAAGUACUGCGAAUGGAAGCUAUGUAAAAGUAGCAUUUUAAAUGUUGCACGUAUGGUGUUGGAUGUGCAAAUUAGGAUUCUGCCACCCUUCCAAUCCCUCCCAUUUCCCGAGAGGCUUUGAGGUGACGAUGAUGCACUCCAUCCCCUCGCAGACGCACAAAUACAAACACACGGAGGCUCAGACUGGCUCACAGUUUGCCAUUGCAUGCUGUGCAAGAGAGAGUGGGAGGGAAGAUUAGCUUUAAAGUCUAGCUAAUGUUAUGUCUAUUGCUUAGCUAGAAAAUUGGCUUGGAGCCAAAAACAAUCACAACAUGUAUCCUGACAACUUUAGUCCACUAGUCUACGUGUGCACUUUAUCAGAGAAAGAACAUUUUGCAUGGACACCAGUGACGCUAAUCACAGUGCUUUCUCCCUCCUUGCCUUUUACACAUGAACAAAACAAAUGUGUUUGGUAGCAUCAUCAUUGUAAAACAUCUGUACCUGCUAUUUGUUGAAUAUCUUGCAUUGGAUUCUAUUAGCUAUCAAAGCUAUGAAUGUAUACUUGUAAUAUGAGUCGUAGUGUCCUGCAUUGUUUUGUAUGGCAGUUUGCCAUAUAAUCAUGUCUGUGGCCUUCAUAAUGACUGAAGUGCCAACUCUUGUUUUGUAAGUCCCAAAAUGACAUCGCCAAUAAGUGUAAAAUAAAGAG